AUGCCUCAGACCAGUAGUAAUAUAUUAUACAGAAGGAUUUUUCUCUCAAUGCCCGUUACAACAGCUUCAUGUGAAAGGAGUUUCAGCAAACUUAAAUUGAUAAAAACAUAUUUAAGAUCAACAAUGGCUCAAGAGAGAUUAUCAAGCAUGGCCAUACUUUCAAUAGAAACAGAAGUCGCUAGUAAAUUGGAUUACGAAGAAGUUAUUGACAAAUUUGCCGACACAAAAGCAAGGAAAAUAUCGUUAUAA